GACCAAUUUUGAACUGCUAACCAAUCUUCCCAAACCAUAUACGCAAAACCUUUGACCUGUCUGUCACUCUGUACACCCUACCGCCCAUAUUCCAUACCAUACUUCUUCUCAUCCGUGUAAGCAAAAACAUCUUUUUGUUCUUUACUCUUUUUCCCAUCAAAUUUGUUCACAUGAAUUCCGAACCAACUUCGACUUUGGUGUUCAAGAUUUCUCCUUCCCAUCAUACGCACUCUUAUUUGGGUUAGCAAUUAUAAUUUGUCUCUCGAUGUCGUCGAGACAUUUUCUACUGUUCUAACUGACUUUUCAGCAUGAAAAGGUUUAAAGAUUGGAUCUUUAUAUUUAUUUAGUUCUCAAUUUACUUCCCAUCUAUUCAAUUGAAGUGCUUUUAGCUUAUUAUCAUGCUCACUCUUGCUUCCCUGCAAAGCUGGUGUUUUUAAAUUACCAUUAAUUUUAUUUAUAGAAUGUUUUGAGGAAAUAAUAAAUUUGUUUACUGGUUCUGAAAUGUGGAGUAAUUUAAGUAGGCUAACAAUUAGGUUAACUAUUUGUUAUGAUUCAGAUAGAGCUAAACGUAUACCCAUUUUCAGAUCCUUAACCUCAAUGGGUCUGCAAGUCCUCUCAGGGGAUAUGUCAUGCCGUUCUUUCUAUAGAUGUUCAUCCACUGUGAUUUCAUGUUCAUUUCCUUUAUUCAAAGGAACAGGUUUGGGAUAUAGAUACUCCGGGAAUUCAAGAACGCCCACAAGUUUCUCCACACAAGCAAUUCAUGGUUUCCCUGGCUUGUGUAAAGAGGGGAAACUGAAAUCAUUACAAUGCAAUUGCUUACCAGCUGAAACGGUAAUUGAAAAAGGUUUUGAGGAUGAAAAGGGAAGAACAAUGCAUACUGCUGCUACACAGCAAUUCAAGAGUGGCAAUGGAGCUUUACCAUCCAGUAAAGGGUUGUCAAACUCAAUAGAGGAUGAGGCAUGGAAGUUGUUGCAAGAAUCAAUGGUGUAUUAUUGUGGCAAUCCUGUCGGAACAAUUGCUGCAAAUGAUCCCAGUGAUUCUAGUUGUCUCAACUAUGACCAAGUGUUCAUCCGUGACUUCAUACCCUCUGGGAUUGCUUUCCUGUUGAAAGGGGAGUAUGAUAUUGUACGGAACUUCCUCCUUCAUACUCUUCAAUUACAGAGUUGGGAGAAAACAAUGGAUUGCUAUAGUCCUGGACAAGGACUAAUGCCUGCGAGCUUCAAAGUGCGUACUGUUCCAUUGGAAAAUGAUGAGGGUGGAACUGAAGAUGUUUUGGAUCCUGACUUUGGUGAAGCAGCAAUUGGCCGCGUUGCACCUGUUGAUUCUGGAUUGUGGUGGAUUAUAUUACUGCGGGCAUAUGGGAAGUGUUCGGGAGACUUAUCUCUAGUAGAGAGGGUGGAUGUUCAAACAGGAAUGAAAAUGGUAUUAAAGCUAUGUCUUGCUGAUGGUUUUGAUAUGUUCCCUACUUUAUUGGUCACUGAUGGCUCCUGCAUGAUUGAUCGCCGCAUGGGCAUUCAUGGCCACCCUCUUGAAAUUCAGGCAUUGUUCUAUUCGGCCCUACUAUGUGCAAGGGAGAUGCUUGCUCCUGAAGAAGCUUCCAUCGACCUUCUAACCGCCCUUAACAAUCGUCUACUCGCACUCUCAUUUCACAUCCGUGAAUAUUACUGGAUUGAUGUAAAAAAACUAAACGAAAUCUACCGUUACAAAACAGAAGAAUACUCUUAUGAAGCUAUCAACAAGUUCAACAUAUAUCCUGACCAGAUUCCUCACUGGCUGGUAGACUGGAUGCCAAGUGCAGGUGGCUAUUUAAUUGGCAACUUGCAGCCAGCUCACAUGGACUUCCGCUUUUUCUCCCUUGGGAAUUUGUGGUCAAUUGUGAGCAGUCUUGCCACGACGGAUCAGUCUCAUGCCAUAUUGGAUCUUAUUGAAGCGAAAUGGGAUGAUUUAGUGGCAAAUAUGCCCCUCAAGAUAUGUUAUCCCGCUCUUGAAGGUCAGGAGUGGCGUAUCAUAACUGGUGGCGAUCCAAAGAACACGCCUUGGUCUUAUCACAAUGCUGGUUCUUGGCCAACUUUGCUGUGGCAGCUGACAGUGGCAUGCAUUAAAAUGAAGAGGCCAGAGAUUGCUGAAAAUGCAAUUAAGAUCAUAGAGAAGCGCAUAAGUAGAGACAAGUGGCCUGAAUAUUAUGACACGAAACGAGGUUCUUUCAUCGGGAAGCAGGCACGCCUCUUCCAAACAUGGUCUAUUGCUGGUUAUCUUGUGGCAAAGCUCCUUGUUGCCAAUCCUAACGCGGCAAAGAUGUUAAUUACCAUCGAGGAUACAGAGCUUCUUAGUGCUUUUUCCAGCAUCCUCAGUUCUAAUCCCAGGAGAAAACGAUCUCGGAAAGCAACUGCAAAGCAGAGUUACAUAGUAUGAAUAGUCGAAAAUUGAUUAACGAUUAAUGAUUAUUGUCCGUUCCAAGCAGCCACGUUUGUUUUUUUAUUCUGCUUGGUUCGUACAUUGUAUCAUAAUGAUAGGAUAUCUGAUUAUAUUGAAUGAUGAGACUUCUUGGGUUAUGUAAUAACUCAUACGCACCAGUUGUUAUACCGUGGGAGCAGCCCACCGUGAGCAUGCUGCUCCCACAGACAAAAAUACGCGUGUUACUGUUCACGCGCGUGAACAGUAACUUAUUUUUUGUUUUUCCAGUGUCCAGUAGCAGAGUAAUGUAACUCGUGUGUAAAGAAAUGUAACUCACGCUUAUCAGAAAUGUAACUGCAGGCAAGUCCAAAUGUAACUGCAGGCAAGUCCAAAUGUAACUUGUCUAAUACGAACUAUAAGAAAUAAAACAUUGAUUUCC